AUGUUUGGCCAACAGCAGUGCAGAGAUCAGCGGAAGUGUAUGCCCUUCAGAGAUUGUUCAGAGUAUCAAUCGUACGUUGACAAACCGUCCAAGUCCUGGCCUCAACAUGUGAAAAAUGAAGUCAAAGGUUUAUUCUGUGGCAUGGAACAGGGGAGGACCGAAAAGAUCUACAAGUUCUGCUGCAUACCGGAAACAAUGAUCAGAGCCGACGUUUGGAAUCCAAAGCCUCCAGGUGGAAAAUCAGGUCGUGACCUACUAGACCUUGAUACCUGCGGUAAACAAAGCACGCAACGUAUCGCCCAUGGGAGAAAAGCCGAUGUGUUUGAAUUUCCUUGGAUGGCAUUACUCGGAGAUAUAAACGGAAAAUUCCAAUGUGGAGGCAGCCUGAUUGCAGAGAGUUUUGUCCUUACAGCGGCCCACUGCAGCCGAGUCACAGAAUUUGUGCGUGUUGGAGAAACGGAUCUAUCCAUGCUGAUAGACUGUAAUUACUCUCAGGGGGAAGAAGACUGUGCUGAACCGUAUCAAGACAUUCAAGUGGCUCGGUUCAUCAAGCAUCAACACUACAGUCCUGGCAAAAAAAAGAAUGACAUUGCAUUGGUCAAGCUCGCCAGACCAGCGCAGUUGAAUGAUAACGUGCGGCCAAUUUGCCUUCCAUUGCCGGAAAUGAUCGAGAAAAUACCUCUCAAAAUGGUGGUAUCCGGUUGGGGUCAUACCGAAGACCGGAAUGAAAUUUCCAAAGACUUGCGAUAUGCCAUCUUACCGGUUGUCGGACCAAAAGAAUGCCAACUAGCUAUAAGUCAGCUACAAGAUGCCUACACUUUGGACGAAAGCCAAUUUUGCGCCGGAGGUACUGGUGACCGUAUGGACAACUGUAGAGGGGACUCAGGUGGACCGUUGCAGUAUUUCGGACACAAAGGGAUGGUGAUUCACGGAGUUGUUUCAUGGGGACUGAAUACAUGUGGCACGGACAGUGCACCCGGUGUUUAUACCAAAGUUUCUCACUAUCUGGGUUGGAUAAUUGAUAAUUUGAAAUAA